AUGGCGCUUCUGCCUCCUCACUCUGAUCCUUCGACGAUAUAUCCUGCCGAAGGCCGGGGUCAACGCAGUCACGAGAUGUGGCAAAUUGAUUGCCGGAUAGCGACUUGCGACGUAGUCAACAUUCACAACGUCGUAGUAGUUGCUGGUUGCCUAAAUCCCGAGUAUCAUCCUGGCGUCGAGUGGUGGUUCGUUCCUCCUUAUCAUAUAUCACUUAGAGAGAGCCUCAUGGGCAUUGCAGAUGGCAUAGAAAACCUCGGGGUCAACCGCCGAUACAACUCUGCAAUAUGCAAGACAUCAGAUGGCAGCUGCUCAGAUGGUGUUAGUAUCAAUAAGGGUGCCCCUGAUGUAGCCGUUCUUGACGAAAGGGCGGAGCGGGAUUUCUUUCGAUGUGGUGCUUGGGCCGGGGUAACUCUGAACCGAGUUUGGCUGUUUCUGUUGCGGGUCAGUCUCUCUUUUGACAGCCUGUCUUGUUCAGUUGUCUCGGCAGUGCAAGUUGGCUUGAGUUAUCAAAGACAACACCCACUCAAUGGAAUUGAUAGUUGGCAGAAACACUGGAGGGUCACAUUCGGCCCCGACUCGGUCAUUCGCCCUACAUUCGCCAAAUUAGCAAAGUCGGCUACCACCUGCAUUAGCCCCGGCCCCUCACCUCGCCCCCAGCCACUCACCGGGCACCAUCGCCAAAUCCUCACCUUUGGUGUUGGCGCUCCCUUGACACAUAGAAUUCCACAGCGAAUCUCCGAGCUGUUACUUGCAACCAGUACUCUGGGUGGGUACAAGAGACUAUGGUGUGUUAAUGACGACGCGCUCAAAUUUUUGCACAUGCACAGACCGACAUACCAAGAAUGA